UUACUAAUACAGUCAUGUACUUGAUAUUUUGAUAGGUAAUAUUGAGAAGAUAUCAUUGAAUUACUGACUAUGAAUUAGAUUUCUACUGAUACACUUCAGAACUCAAAAAUAUAUUACUGGAUAACUUUGAUUUUGCUGCUUCUGAUUCGAUUUUUUACUGAUAAGCCUCUGUCCUAGAUUUUUUGCACUGAUUAUCUAGUUGUUUAUCAAUUACAGGGAAAUAAACCAAAAGUUUUACAUGGUUUUUGUGGGAAGAAACCCAAGAAUAUAUGACACGUGGGAGGAUUGCAAACGUCAGGUUCACCAAGUCAGUGGCUGCAAACACAAGUCCUUCAGAAGAUACGAAGAUGCCAUGAAUGCAUGGAAUCAUCACAAGGCUACAGUCUUCGAUGGAGCAGCUGGAAAUAAACCUCGCGGUGACAGUGUUCAUGCAUCACAUCAUCCGGCAACGAUGGAGACUAAGACAUGUGUACCUACUCUGGGAGAGCGAAUAGUAUUUGAUAAUAUGGGUUCAGAAGAUGUCGUACCUGAAAGAGUGGCAGCUGUUAUUAUUAGAGAUGAACUUCUCAUCGAUCGUUCGCUUAUUGGAUUGUUGCUUGGUCUGUUAAUAUUAUAUGCGGCUAUUAGGGAGUUUAUUUUAUCAUUAUCUAUGUGAGGAUCAGGAGAUAAUGAUUCCUGUUUGAAUCAUUCUCUCUUAAAGAUUCAGAAGUCUGUUUGAAAGUACCAAUGAUGGAUCAGAGUGAAUAGCCUUUUUUUUUUCUUUGAAACAUACCUUUGAAUUGAGUAUUCGAGUGACUUUCAGAUCGGGUCGUCAAUCUAAUCACGUGUUUUGCGCUUAUGAAGUUGUUAUUUUUUC